UCUCCGCCCGAGUGGACGCGUGUCCUUUCGCUAUUUCCACGUGAUCGUACUCUGUGUGGUAGUUGGUUUGUUUUUAGGUCAGAACAUGCUUUAAUGUAGGCGUCAUGGCUCUUUCAUACAACUGCAGGAUGAAAACGCCGCAGGAUCACCUCGAACGUCUGUACGAGUUCUAUGGAAGGCUGGUGGCACGUAAGGCCGUCCCUUUCCUAAUUGGGUCUGUGCUCGUUGCAGGCAUUUUGGGGAUCGGUUUUAUGUUCAUUCAAGCAGAAUGGGACAUUCUGUAUUUGUUCAGCCCCGAAAAUGGACGAACGAGCAAAACUCAAGCUGUCGUCCGCAGCUGUUUUCCUACCAACUAUUCCGAUUUUUCCCCGGACAGACAGACGAACGCUGGUAACUUCGCCAAGGUCAUCGUAUCUGCAAAGGAGAGCGACAACAUGUUGAACUGUGAACUUGCAAGAAACGUACAUACAAUACACCAAGCUAUAGUGACGAUGCCUGUUACCGUAGGCGAACGCACUCUAAUCUACGAGGAUCUGUGUGCGAAGAGAAGUAAAACGUGCGUGUAUCCCCCUCUAGUCGGCCUGAUGAGGCGGCAGUGCCAUGGGAAUGCAGGGACGAUGAACAUUACUUUCCCAAUCGCGAACUACCACGAGAAUGUUUCCGUGUUCCUCGGCCAUCAGAUCGGCGGGAUUGAAUAUCUGCCAGACGGAAGGACUCUGAAACGAGCGAGCGCUUUUCAGCUGUCUUACCAUCUCCAGCCAGAUGAGGAAGGAAAAGCUGAAGAAUGGGAGCAAGCUUUCACUCGCAAGGUGUUAAAACUCUCCACAGACAACUUAACUGCGGUACCUCUUACAUCCAGAACACUUGAAACAGACAUUAUGGACACGAGCGCUGUCGUUGUACGCCGAUUUGCACUGAUGUUUGCCCUUGUCAGUAUUGUAUGUUCUAUAUCAUUGAGCGCUGACUGGGUUCGAGCCAAAGUGUUGGUCGGAAUGGCCAGUCUGUUUGCCCUGGCACUGGCUUUCCUGUCGACAUUCGGACUUCUACUGUGGUUCCGGUUCAAGUUCAUAUCUCCUAUUGGUCUUAUUUCCUUCCCUAUAUUAGCACUAGAGGCUGCAAACAGACUCCACCUGGCCGCAUCGUGGUGGAGGACAGACGAGACCGCGGCUGUACCGGCGCGCCUGGGGCGGACCCUCCGGGAGACCGGGGUGCCGAUGACGUGCACUACGAUCGUACUGGCCGUCACGUAUGGAGUCAGCAGCAUCACAGACUUUCCCGGGUUAAGAACUUUCUUUCUUUUCUCAGCUCUUGUUACUGUCUUUGUGCUCCUUUGCCAGUGCACUUUUCUUGCAGCUUUGUUCGGUUUAGAUGGGCGAAGAGAAAAUGCAAACAGGCAUGCCUAUGUAGUGUGCAAGACAGUGUUGCCAAGGUCCGAAGCAAUUGAUCAACCCUUGAUUUAUAAAAUUUUCUGUGCCGGAGGACAUUCUGUGAAGGAUACAGAACCAUGGCAAGCAGAUAAGAGAAGUCUCGCAGGAAUUUUGCAUAAGCGCAUUGAUACGUUUCUAGCUAUGCCUAUAGGGAAGGUUUUGGUUGGCAGUUUCUAUUUGAUAUAUGUCGGUGUAGCUGUCUGGGGUUGUCUAAAUUUACAGAAAGAUUUUAACUUGCGCAGCGUUGUCGCCGACGAAUCGGUGUCAGCUUCCUUUUACAAAUCCGAAGAAAGGUUCUUUAGUACGUUCGGCCCACCCGUGUCUGUUAUCGCUGUGAAUGGAAAUGAAUAUUGGCGUCAUGAGUCGUUGAACGGCAUACUCGACCUGAAGACCGACAUGGAACACAGCGGUUAUGUGUAUGAUAUCAAUGAGACCGACGAGGGGCGGUUUUGGCUGUCAGAAUUUCUCAACUUUGUACGCUCAGCCGGUGUCACAACUGACAAUCAGGACGAGUUUAUGACUGUCUUGAAGUCCGAGUUUUUGGUGGAUAAAUUGCAUAGCCUAUAUAUUUCGGACGUCGUGGUGGAUAAUAACACAAUAUCGUGUUCUCGUUUCGUCCUUCAGACUAAAGAAACGUACAGAUUCCGUGAUAGUGCCACAGCUGCUCAUGAGUUUCAGAAAAUUAUACAAAAAUACAAUGUGGACGCCAUGGUGUUCCAUCCGUCAUUUUUCUUCAAUGACAUGCUGACACAGAUAUAUACCGAAGCAGGUAGAUUCUUCCUGGCACUCGGAGGGAGCUUGGUCGGGUUUGUCUUUCUCCUUACCCUUAGUCCAAUAUUCGCGUUGUUUUCGGCCGUGUCCUGUGCUUCGAUUUGUGUAGGUAUCAUCGGUUUUUCUACACUUUGGGGAGUUACUCUUGACAUUAACAGUUUCAUGUCAUUUUCACUCGGAGUUUCAUUCUCGGUUGAGUACUCCCUGCGAGUCUUGCUUCUGUUUGUUAGUGUUCCUAACGCUGGCACAAAACAGACAUCUAUGUCCAUAACAGGACCCAUGUCACUGCAACACUUUGUAGCGACGGUAUGUGCGGUCUCCGUUCUCUCUACUUCUGACACGAUGCUGUUUCGAAGUUAUUUUAAGAUUCUAUUUCUGACAAUUCUGUUUGGUUUCCUACAUGUUCUCCUUUUGCUUCCAUUGUGCCUGUCUUCAAUUUGCAGUAAACUGCCCUGUACACGGGCUCCGAGAGAUAAAUCAACUGACGAAGUCAGCGAAAAUGUAAAGAGUCAAGACAUAGUCAUGACUAAUCCAUAUGUUAUGCAACUGUUCUAAUCUCAAUAUUCCUGCACCCAUGGUAUCGCUAUUUCAUGUGCCUCAGAAGAUGUGUGUCUAACAGAUUUGCUUCCCAAUAUCACUUUCUUCUUCAUGUUUUGCCAAUAAGACAACGUAUUUGUAUCGUGUAAAUAUUCUGACGUAGUUCUAUGUACUAUCUUAAGCAAAAGUGCUAUAUGUUAUAAGUGUCAGCUUUUUUAAUAAAUCGUAAUAGUUCUGUAUGAGCAUCAUUUUGUAGCAUCAUUAAGUUGUGACUGUAAGAUAUUUUAACUUUUCAUUAUUUGUUCAAGUUAUGUUGUGUUCGAUGAUUGUCUCGAAGUGAAGGUGUAACCGUUACGGCAAUGUCACGGAUGCGUUGUUUAGCAAGUGCAUGUAACUCAGUAUGUACUUAUCGGUGUAUGAAAA